AUGGGAAAGAGCUGGGCAUGCAGCGAGGGAUAUCGCAAGGCAUCAGGCACCCUGCUGCUCUUUACCGAUGCCGACACAAAGCACUCCAGCAACGCAAUCUCGCUUGCAGUCGCGCACCUUCUGUCUGCCGGACUAGAUGCGCUGACGGCCGGUCCGCGGAUACUGUGCUUUGACUUCUGGACUAGGAUUGUCCUGCCAGUGAUCUCCACGUUUCUUCACACCCAAUUCUCCGCACUACGGGCAAACGAUCCAUCCAAUAAGUUUGGGUACUUUUUUGGCAGCUUCUUCAUCAUAAAGAGAGAGACAUACGAUGCGGUGGGAACGCACGAGGCGGUAAGGCAUGAGAUCAUUGAGGAUGGCGCGCUGGGAGCGAUGGUGAAGCAAUCCGGGCACAAGAUGAAAGUGGUGCGGGGAGAUCACCUCAUCGACGCGGUGUGGGCCCGCGACGCAUCUACCUUGUGGAAUGCCAUAAAGCGCACGAUGGUUCCAGUGUACCGGCAGAGCAGAUCUGCCGCGAUGGGCAUCACCGCAGCCACGACGUUUCUGUUCUUUAUGCCGCUUCUGCUUCUGGCAUACUCUGCACUGCAUACAGCAUCAGGAUAUGCCGGCGUGGACUCUAGCAUCCUGCUGUGGGCCUCGCUGGCUGCAUUGCUUCUCGUAUAUACAGUCGGCAUUAUCGAGUGCCGAGCCAUGCAGGUCGGGAUCCGGUACGCAGUCCUGAUACCCCUUGGAGGCCUCGUAAUGACGCUGGGUUUUCUGAGCGGCCUGAUUCACGCAAAGAGCGACACCGCAGUAUCAUGGAGAAACAGGGACUACGCGAUGAAGGAUCGCUUCAGAAGCCCGGCGGCCACGUAG